CGUUUAUAUCACGAACGAAGAAUUUUGCACGACACAAAACGAAGUCUACUACCCUCCAUUACCCAGCGGACUAUGGAACCACACGUUAGGGCCAAGAACUGCGACUAAAUGGAGAAAGCGUGAACGCAGUUCCGCAAUAUUUGAUUGUUGAACAGUGAACAAGAUAAAUACCUACGUGUUUAGACGUUUAUAGCGAGAGAAAUCUUGUAUGGAUCAUUAAUGAUGAGAGUGCUAGAAUUAUAUAGUGGUAUUGGUGGAAUGCAUUACGCUCUUCAAGAGAGCGGUAUUAAGGGCGAAGUUGUUGCUGCAAUCGAUAUAAAUACUAAUGCGAACAGUGUGUACAAGCACAAUUUUCCAAAUGUAUUCCUUAUGAAUCGUAAUAUACAGUCACUGUCUGCAUCAGAGAUAAAUGAUUUGCAUAUAGACACUGUGUUAAUGAGUCCUCCUUGUCAGCCUUAUACGAGAGUAGGACUUCAAAAAGAUAUAUUAGAUAAUCGAUCCUCUUCGUUGCUUCAUGUUCUUUCCUUGAUUCCACAAAUCAAAGCAUUAAAGUAUAUAUUGCUUGAAAAUGUGAAAGGGUUCGAGAAGUCUGAGAUGAGAAAUGCAGUAUUGAAAUGUAUUAGUAAUUGUGGGUUUAGUUACCGGGAAGUAAUUUUAAGUCCAUGCCAGUUUGGUAUCCCGAAUACCAGAUACAGAUACUAUCUAUUAGCUAAAAGUAAGGAUCUGAAGUUCUGUUUCGAUCAGUGUGCAUUUAAUUUGCCAGACGUUGUCUUCAAGGCUUUGCCGAAAAGUAAACAUAACGUGUUGGCAGAGAAGGACUGUGCCCAUAGACGUAAUGCAAAUAAGAGUUGUUACACAUUAGAGAAUAUUCUACAAAAUGUUGAAAGUAACACAGAGUAUUUAAUACCUAAAAAGUUAUUAGAAAAGAGAGCUUGGUUGUUAGAUAUAAGAACAUCUGAAAGCGAUGGUUCUUGUUGUUUCACGAAAGCCUACGGUCACUAUGUGGAAGGAGCGGGUUCUGUAUACUCUCCGUGUUCUGAAGAAAUGGUUAAAGAAACAUUUUUGGAAGCAAGUAAAUAUGAUAAGCAGUCGGUCGAAGUCUCACAGGUCCUGGAAAAAUUACAGUUGAGAUACUUCACGCCGAUGGAAGUCAGCAGAUUAAUGUGUUUCCCGGAAGAGUUUAUGUUCCCAGGGCAUAUAAUACGUAAACAGAAAUACAGGCUACUGGGAAAUUCAAUCAACGUGCACGUUGUUAGUAGAUUGAUAUUUUUAUUACAUAACGAAGAAAGAAUUACAUGACCUUAUACACAAAUAUAUUUUACAUAUAUUUUU